CUCAGUAGGCACAGACUGGGGGUUGGUAAUAUAUCCGGAAGACAGGUGGGAUAAGCCGAAAAUUUUCCAUGCUUGUUUGAAGCGGAAUACUAAGAGUUUUGCAAAUGGUCGACUGAGCAUUUGGCUUCAGUAUGUCUUCUCAUUAAAAGCUGCUUUGUACCAGGAGAGCCUCCAUGAGGAAACAGCGCAAGAAAUAGUCAGAAGUCCCGGGUGGCAAGAGCAACAGCUCUUCUUUACCGUUCAAUUACAUCAUAGCAAAGGGGCAAGAAAAGGCAAUACUCGCCUGAAACCACGGUUUAUGACACUGUGAAUCAUGAGAUUAACAGGCCCUCUUAGAGCUGUGGCUGUGCUGCUGUUAGUAGGGCUCACUUGGCUGCUAGCAAACACUUUAUUUGGAGGGGAAAGUGGUUCUUCCGUGCGGCAUUUCUUCAGUGGUGCAAGUGAGGAGCCAACACCUGCUGAAUCCCGCCCUCGGAAGUAUAAAUGUGGACUCUCAGCUCCGUGUCCCCCAAAACAUUUGGCUUUCCGUCUGGUGUCUGGUGCUGCCAAUGUCAUUGGACCCAAAAUCUGCCUGGAGGACAAGAUGUUGGUGAGUAGUGUGAAGAACAACGUUGGCAGAGGACUAAACAUAGCUUUGGUAAAUGGGGUGACAGGAGAGCUCUUGGACACAAAGAACUUUGACAUGUGGGCAGGAGAUGUUUCUGACCUGUUGAAGUUUCUCCGGCCGAUCCAUGAAGGAACACUUGUGUUUGUUGCCUCCUAUGAUGAUCCAGCUACAAAAAUGAACGACGAGUCCCGGCGACUGUUUGAGGAGCUUGGGAGCACAGCGGUGAAGGAGCUGGCCUUUCGAGACAGCUGGGUGUUUGUUGGAGCUAAGGGCAUUGAGAAUAAGAGUCCCUUUGAGCAGCGCAUGAAGAACAGUAAGAGCAGCAACAAGUAUGAAGGUUGGCCUGAGUCUCUGGAGAUGGAUGGCUGUAUUCCCCUUCGGGCACCACUGGAAGGAUAACUGUGCCUGAUACUCUCUCACAUACAGUACAGUAACACUUGGAAUGGCAGCAGUGGGAAAGACUUUUAAAGAGCUGCUGAAGGAGCAAAAACAUACAAGAUCUUAACCACAAAAAAACUCUUUUAUCUCCCCCCCUCGUGGCAUAAGCCUAAGCUGACUGUAAAGAUUGAACAGGGACUUGAUUUAUUUAAAAUUGCUGGAACCUGUCGAGGAUUUGUCAAAUAAGCAUUGUGAGCCGCCUUCGCGCUGAAAUAAUGUUUUUAGGGACAUGGAAAAUGUUUGUUUGGUUCAGGGGAACUUGAGAGGCCAAAUGUUUGACAACCAAAGUGUAACAGCGACUUGUGAAUGACUACAGCUGGAGUAGGUCUUCCAAAGCCAUUGUCGGAAAAGGAUGUAUUUCCUCCCCGUGAGCCUGCCUGUAGGGUGUCAAUUUUCUUGAGCAACAGGAAUAUGAGGCGUCGGCUACUUGCACGACAUUGGAUGUUGAGCAGGCAAACAACAGACCAAAAAAAAAAAAAAAAAAAAAACAGUUGGGCAGGAUGUUACAGAAUGUAAUUGGUUUCACACUAGGGCUUUGGGAAACCUAAUCCACGUCAGCAUAGGAAAAAUAUCUGAGGUACGUUAGUAGUUUAAAUACCCUAUUAAUCACGAGGUCUGUGGGCAGAUUUUAUAUUUAAAUGCGUUUAAUAUAUUUUCAUUGUGUGGUAUAUAUUUCUGUGAAAUUGUCAUGCUUAGUGUUCGCUGCCAUUGUUUCCUUUGAACUUGAUGCACUCCGAUUAUUGCUUGCCACAUGUUUACAUUUCUUUAGUUGAAUCUGGCCUAGAGCUUUUUCCGUUGAUGAUGCUAUUUAUUUUAUAUCUCACUCAUAGUGUGGAUUCACUAAAACACCCACUGUGUUUUCAAUGUUUUUUUUUUUCUCAGGCCUGCAAGCAUCUUUCACUGAGUGCUUUGUUUUAAGGAAUCAACCUACAAGUGUGUGGUUAUGUGUAUUUUUUUUUUUUUUUACUCUAAACGUUGAGUGUGUGUGUCUUCUUACAAAUCUCACAUCUAGGAAAUGCAUAAAAAUAAAAACAUUAUUUUAUAUGUAUGUUAGAAAUCCAUUUUAGCUUUUUUUUUUUUCUUCAAGUGUAAAGAUUUUUCUACAAGGCAUUAGAGUCUUUAUAUUGUGACAAGAAUGCUAAUAAAUAAAAAUCCAAACUCUA